UCACUGAUGAAGGCUUUCCUGGUUAUAGCUGUAUGCUGCAUUUUAUUUGGUGCCGAUUUUGUUAAUGCAAGUCAAGCUCUCACAUUUAGCAUAGAACCACAAGAUGUUGUUGUGCCCGAAGGUCAUUCAGUGUUGCUGCAAUGUGCCGGUGUGGCACAAUUGGGUAAAAAUCAAAAGAUUGCACCCAACAUACGAUGGCGUGGUCCAGAUGGCCAAGAUUUGGGUAUAGUGGGCGACACGUUUCGUACCCAAUUAAAAAAUGGUUCCCUCUACAUUAGUUCGGUGGAAGAAAAUCGUGGUCUAACUGGAUCCUAUCAAUGUCUAUUGUCCGUCGAUGGAAUUGGUACAAUUGUCAGCCGAUCUGCGGUGGUCUCCAUUGCUCGUUUACCCGAUUUAAAUCAGGAUUUUAUUGAAACCUAUUUGUUACCGGGACAAACGGCUUAUUUCCGCUGUAUGAUUGGCCAGACCCAACCAGGGAUGAAACACUACGUCCAGUGGAUAAAGGAUGAUAUGCCACUGCAGUUGGAUAAAUUACGUAUGGUCAUCUUGCCAAAUGGUGCUUUGGAAAUUGAUGAACUCACACCGGCGGAUCGUGGUGUCUAUCAGUGUAAUGUCACGUCGGGCUCGAUUUCACGGCUUAGUAGUAAAACCAGCUUAAGUAUUAAAAAGAAUUUGGAAAAUGGCCAUGAUCCAGUUGCACCGGCAUUCCUUGUGGGCCCCUCACCCCAAACCGUAAGGGAGGGGGAUGUUGUAACGCUCGAUUGUGUUGCAAAUGGUGUACCGAAGCCACAAAUUAAAUGGUUACGAAAUGGUGAAGAAUUAGAUCUCAAUGAUUUGGAUUCGAGAUUUUCCAUUAUCGGCACUGGUUCGUUGCAAAUCUCCUCUGCCGAAGAUAUCGAUUCGGGUAAUUAUCAAUGUCGUGCAAGUAAUACAGUGGAUUCACUUGACGCCCAGGCCACGGUACAGGUCCAGGUGCCACCAAAAUUCAUACAAAGUCCCAAAGAUAAAACGGCAUUUGAGAAAGAGGAAUUGGAGUUGGAAUGUGCAAUCCGAGGAAAACCAAAGCCCAUUAUUAAGUGGCUAAAGAAUGGUGACUUCAUUACACCCAAUGAUUAUAUGCAAAUCAUUGCCGGCCACAAUUUACGUAUACUUGGUCUACUACCAUCCGAUGCUGGUAUGUUCCAGUGUGUGGGCACAAAUCCUGCAGGAAGUGUUCAGGCGGCAGCCAGGCUGAGAGUUGUACAACCAGGUGAGUUGUGCAAAUUGAACAACAAAAAACAACGUAAAUCCCAAUCACAAACCACCAAAUCCCUCUAUUUAGAACGGGGCCAAAACAAGCCCCAUAAGAAUGGUAGGCGUAAAAAUAAAUUCCAUUCCGGUGAAAUGCGCACCAAAUCUGGCGAUAAUGGUGAAACGACACGUAUCUCAAAAAGUGCCUUAGAUAGUUUACUCUCUCAGGGUAAUAAUAGGAAAUUUAAUAAUUUUCCCGAUCAGCCAUUAAACGAUCCUCAUUAUGAUGAUCUAAGUCAUUUCGCUGUCGAUGACGACGAGGAUGAGGAAUUUUCACGUGAACUAUCACGUAACAUUAACGAUUAUAGUCAAACCCUCACCAAACAAUUGAACGCCAAUAAGAAUAUUAACGAUAAUGGUGAUGAUGAUGACGACGACGAUUAUGAUGAUGAUAAUGUGGCCGCGAAUGAAGAAUAUAUCAAUGCCUAUAAACAUGGCGAAGAUCCAAAUAAAAUAUUAAAUUCAUGGACAAAUAAGAAAAAAUUAAAUCCCAGCAAUUCCAAUUUACCUGAACAAACCUCCUCCCGUUCAUCUUCUAUAGUUUUAGAUAUGUCAGAUGGUGGAGCGGGUGCUUCCAACAAUGGUAUUGGUGGCGGCGGCGUUGGCGGUAAAGGUGGUUCGAGUAUACUUGGUUCCGGUCUUAAAAAUCGUUUGCCAGGACCGCCCAGAGAUUUAGUGGCCCAAAUUGUUAAGCCUCGAUUUGUAACACUGAGUUGGAUUGAACCCAUUAAGAAUCCCGUGGAAGUGGUCUCCUACACAGUCUAUUAUAAAAUGAAUAAUAGUGAAAGAGAAUUAAAAUUAAAUACCAAAUCGCAUGAUGAACAACAAGUCAAUAUACAAUCGCUCAUACCGGGACGUACAUAUCAAUUUCGUGUUGUCGCAAAUACAAAUUUCGGUUCCGGUGAAUCAUCCGAGCCGUUAGAAGUUACCACCCAGCCUGAGGAAAAUAUUGCAGGACCACCAAUCAAUGUAGAGGGUUAUGCACGCAAUCAUAAAGAAAUCUAUGUGAAAUGGCAAGAACCCCUGGUAACAAAUGGUGAAAUUUUAAAAUAUCGUAUCUACUAUUCGGAGGGUGAUAAUGGCCCCGAACUUUACUACGAUAGUACUGCAUUGGAUGCUGUGCUAACCGAAUUAAGGCCAUAUACUGAUUAUACUAUAACUGUGGUGCCAUUCAAUAAAAAUGGUAUGGGUGAUCCCUCAAAUGAGAUUAGAGUCAAAACAUUCUCCUCAAAUCCAUCGGAACCACCAAAUAAUGUUACCCUAGAAGUAACAAGCUCAACUUCCAUUACCAUACACUGGGAACCGCCCUCCGAAGAAGAACGCAAUGGCCAAAUAACCGGUUAUAAAAUACGUUAUCGCAAAUUGAAAGACGCCCCGCAGACUAAAAGCACCCCAGCCAAUAUACGUUACUAUGAAUUAAGUGGCCUCGAUCGUAAUUCCGAAUAUCAAGUCAGAAUAGCUGCAAUGACGGUGAAUGGUUCAGGCCCCUUUACCGAAUGGUAUCGUGUAAUGACAUUGGAAAAUGAUCUAGAUGAAACACAAGUACCCGGACGCCCAGUAUGGAUUGGUAUACAACCGGGCGCCGACACAAUUGCGCUACACUGGGGUCCACCACAACAACAUGAAAUUAAAAUACGUAAUUAUGUCUUAGGUUGGGGUCGCGGUAUACCCGAUGAAAAUGCCGUGGAGUUAAAAGAAACCGAUCGUUAUUAUGAAUUGAAAAAUCUAGAACCCAACACUGAAUAUGUGGUCUCGCUGAGAGCACGUAACAUACAAGGUGAUGGUCCCCCAAUAUAUGAUAAUAUUAAGACGAUCAACGAAAAUCCCAUUGAUAUACCCACACCACUAGAAGUGCCAGUGGGUUUGAGAGCCAUAACAAUGUCAAGUUCUUCCAUAGUUGUCUAUUGGAUAGAUACAACGCUGAGCAAAAAUCAACAUGUUACCGAUAAUCGUCAUUACACUGUACGUUAUGGCAUAGCUCAAACCACCCGUUAUCGUUAUCACAAUACCACUGCUUUGAAUACCAUGAUCACUGAUCUAAGGCCAAAUACCCAGUAUGAAUUUUCAGUUAAAGUGGUAAAGGGCCGUCGUGAAUCUGCCUGGUCUAUGGCGGUAUUGAAUACAACCUAUCAAAAUAUACCAAUUACACCUCCCCGAGAAUUAUCCGUACAACCUGAUGAACAAAAUCCGCACAAUGUAAUUUUACAUUGGAUGCCACCCAAACACACUGUCUAUCCCAUAUCGGGUUAUAAUAUCUAUUACACCACAGAUACAACAAAACGUGAUCGUGAUUGGAAUAUCCACAACUUUAAUGGUGAUGAGACAUCGUUUAUAUUACCCGGUCUGAAGCCAUAUACCACAUAUUACUUCAAAGUGCAGGCAAGAACAAAUAAAAUUGCCACCGGUACUGGUGGUGGAGCAAACACUGCCCCAUUUUCGGCCCUGGUGGCCUAUACAACACCAGCUGCCGCGGUUAAACAAGAACCAGCCACCGUCAGUAAAGGUAUCAAUAAUGAAAUGAUUCUCUAUAUGGUAAUAUUUGGCUUCGCUCUCAUACUAUUCAUUGUCGUCGCUGUUAUUGUGAUAAUGUGCCGACGUAAACCCCAAUCAACACCGGAGCAUACGAAAAAGAGCUAUCAGAAGAAUAAUGUGGGUGUACCAAAACCACCAGAUCUAUGGAUACAUCAUGAUCAAAUGGAAUUGAAAAAUAUUGAUAAAACAAUGCAUGGUUCAACGCCGGGCUGCAGUGAUGCUGCCUCCAGCAGUGGUGCCUUAACAUUACCCCGUUCUGUGGGACAUGAUUAUGAUGUCGAUACACCGGUACCAAAUCACAUAACCAAUUCGUUGGAUAAACGUUCUUAUGUACCGGGAUAUAUGACCACCUCCCUAAACUCAACCAUGGAAAGGCCACAAUAUCCCCGGACGCAAUAUAAUAUACCAGCAAAUCGAUCUCAUAUGAAUGUUGAUACAGGUCUAUCACAGCAGAGCCUGUCACAGCCACAAAAUAAUUCAUUGGCACAAACGCCAGAACAUCCAUAUGGAACAUAUGAUCCGAAUUUCUGCACGCUGAAACGUGAAAUUUUACGUGAAGCACGUUUAGCGGCCACAUCAAAUCCAUUUUUGAAUUUCUUUGCUGAGAUACGAAUCAAAGCAAUGCAUGACACACAAUCGAAUCAAUCCAAACAUUUGGCAAGAUUGGCAAAAACUGCAGGUCAUCUAUGGAAUGGUAUGUCGGAAGAGGAAAAGAGACCAUAUCGUGAAUUGGCCUUAGAACAAAAACAUAAAAAGAAACGUCGCAAAAGGAGAGGUUUCAGUUUUACGCCAAUUGGCAAAUUGAAGAAGAAUCGACGAAAACACAAGGCUACCUUCAACACUGGUUACACUGGCACAGCCGGUGGAGCAGGUGGUCCUGGCUCGGUGGCCGGAGGUGCUGGUUCAGGUGCUGCCAGUAAUGGUGGCGUCUCCACCAUUGAAAGCACCAAACGUGGCCAUCCACUGAAAAGUUUCAGCGUACCCGGACCACCACCAACAGGUGCUGUAACACCCGUCAAUAAACACACACCUGCCGUAACAAUACGUCCACAAAAUCAAUCACCAUACAAGAAACCAUCAUUUUCCGCCGCCACGCCAAAUCGUCUGCAAAGUGGUCCAUCGGUGGCCCAUUCAAAUGAUGAAAUUCAACGGCUGGCGCCAAGCACCUCGACCGAAGAACUCAAUCAGGAAAUGGCCAAUUUGGAGGGUCUGAUGAAAGAUUUGAGUGCAAUAACGGCCAAUGAAUUUGAAUGUUAACAUUAUCAGAAACCUAUUAAGUUACCGUUAUUUUUAACAAAUAAAAUUAUAGCUGCCAUAACGCCACGCAUAACAACAACAACGAUAAAAGCUAAAGAAUUGCGCCGGAAAUCUCUAAGCUCCGCCACAGCAACGAAAUCACAACCAGCAUCACC